AUGUCGGCAGUACCAGAGCCACCGCUGCUGCUGCUGCUGCUACCUCUGGCCCUCCUGGCACUUCAAGAAGCAGAUGUGCAACGUAACGAGCAGUCAGAGCUGCAGAAAGUUGAGUCAGUGAGGAGGAUAGCACGCAGGGAAGGGAAGCUUGGCAAAAAAAGGAGUGUGCUUCUUGUUCCAGUGGAAAGUCUUCUGCUUGCUCGGUCAUCUCUGUGUCAUGGAGCCUGCGUGGAGGUGGACUCAGACACAGAGGCAGUGGCCAGCAGAGGCUUCAAACUGGGCUGUAUCUCCUGUAAGAUGAGGGGGGAAGUGCGUGCCAUAGCCUCGGUUGACUGGUACUUCAAGGCUUCAGAUGAGACUGUGUCCUCACAUAUAUACAGAUAUGAAUAUAAUAGUGAAGAAAUCGUUGACACACGUUUCUACGAUCGACUGGAGUGGGCGGGCAGUAAACAGACCAAGGAUCUACAGGACGGUUCCAUCUACAUACGCAAUGUGACUUUCAACGACACAGGAGUCUACAACUGCACAAUCAAACGCACCCUCAUGUACCCCAACUACGAGUUUGAAACCCACAACAGCAAGAUCGUCACCGUUAAAGUGGUGCCACGACUCACCAGGGGAAUAGCAUCCAUCUUGUCUGAGGUAAUGAUGUACGUCUCCAUCAUUGGCCUGCAGCUUUGGUUGGUGGUUGAGAUGAUUUACUGUUACAGGAAGAUUGCAGCAGCAGGCGAGGAAGCCCUGAGAGAGAGCGCGGCGGAGUAUUUAGCUAUAGCAUCGGAAAGUAAAGAUAAUUGUGCAAGUGAACAAGUGGCAGAAUCGCUCCCACCAUCCUCUCCACAUGAUGGAACAUGGAUCCACAAGCCAGGAAAAACAUGA